UGUUCACCCUCCCUCUCCUGUCCUGUCCCAGUGCAAGGAGGCCAGGAUGAGGAGCCGGAAGAGGCAUUUACGUUGGCGCUAGAUGCUGGGACGACCCAGAAGACAUGACCUACCGAGGCACUGAGCGGGACUUCCAGACUUCAGCCAGGAGGAUGGGAACCUCGUUGCUCUUCCAGCUCUCCGUCCAUGAGAGAGAGCUAGACCUCGUCUUCUUGGACCAUAGCUAUGCCAAGCCAUGGAGUGCCCACCCUGACGCCAGCAGUGCCCGGCCUGCACGGAUGCUUUUCGUCACCCCCAGGAGGCACCAAGACAGCAGCAUUGAGGCCGAUAUCCCCCUCGAUGUGGAAACUGUCGCCCCCAUGCCUGUCCCACUCUACGACAACCAGAAAGCACGCAGUGUGAUGAACGAGUGUGAGCGCCACGUGAUCUUUGCCCGCACGGAUGCCGAUGCCCCUCCUCCCCCAGAUGACUGGGAGGAGCACAUGAGCAGGUCGGGUUGGACAAUGGCUCAGAACAAGCUAUUUAAUAAGAUCCUUAAAGCCUUGCAGUCUGACCGACUGGCCCGUUUGGCUAACGAAGGGGCUUGCAAUGAGCCAGUGCUGAGGAGGAUAGCAGUGGACAAAUGCGCCCGGCGGGUCCGCCAAGCUCUGGCCAGCGUGAACUGGGACACCAAGCUGAUCCAGUGGCUUCACACCACACUGGUGGAGACGCUCAGUUUACCUAUGUUGGCUGCUUACCUGGAUGCUCUGCAGACACUAAAGGGAAAGAUCCCCACCCUGAUUGACAGGAUGCUGCUCUCGUCCACCACAAAGACAGGGGCAGCAGGGGCCGAGGCGCUCUCCCUCCUCUUGAAGAGACCGUGGGACCCAGCUGUGGGUGUCUUGUCACAUAAUAAACCCGGCAAGUUGCCUGGUUCUCCGCUCAUCCUGAUUGCAUCCUCUGGACCCUCCAGUUCUAUGUUCCCCACCUCGCGCCGUCACCGGUUCUGGCAGUCACAGCUCUCCUGCCUGGGAAAGGUGAUCCCUGUUGCCACCCACCUGCUGAAUAAUGGCUCCGGGGUGGGAGUGUUGCAGUGUCUUGAACACAUGAUUGGUGCAGUCAGAGGCAAAGUGCUGGAGAUCCACAAUCAUUUCUCCCACAAGCCCAUCAUCCUGAUUGGGUGGAACACAGGAUCCUUGGUGGCCUGUCACGUCUCAGUGAUGGAGUACGUCACCGCAGUAGUGUGCCUUGGAUUCCCUCUGCUCACAGUGGACGGUCCCAGAGGGGAUGUGGAUGACCCGCUGCUGGACAUGAAGACCCCAGUUCUCUUUGUCGUUGGUCAGAAUUCUUUGCAGUGCAACACUGAAGCUAUGGAAGAUUUUCGAGAAAAAAUCCGAGCUGAUAACAGCCUGGUGGUAGUGGGAGGAGCGGAUGACAAUCUGAGGAUAAGCAAAGCCAAAAAGAAGGCAGAAGGCCUGACCCAGAGCAUGGUGGACAGAUGCAUCCAGGAUGAAAUAGCUGACUUCCUGACCGGAGUCCUCACUCGCACGGACAGCCAUUCAGGCUCUGACCCUAGAGACCUUGAUGCUGAGAAAAAGAAGAAGCCACGUGACUUGACCAGGAGGGACCUGUCAUUCGACUUGCCGGAAAGAACCAGCAGCCCCACCUCCCCUGCAGCUAAGGUGCCAGCCUCGCCUUCUGGCUCAGAGGACCUGUCCAGUGUCUCCAGUAGCCCCACUUCAAGUCCCAAAACCAAAGUGGCUGCUGUGCCAUGUGUUCAGAAGUGCAGCCAGGCGGGUGCCCCCCAGCUGCUGAAGAGACACGUGCAGAGAACAGACGGGGUCCUGGCACACAAGCAGGCACAAGUUGUAGAAUGUCAGCCCGGUGGAUGUGGGCACAUCGUUGGAGGGCAUUUGACGGGCUGCCAAUUUGUGUCAGCAGAUUCGCUAGGGAGUAAAGUAUGGCCAGCUCAGUUUGCUGCUUUUCUGAAACAAAACAUGCUGGCGAGGAAAGUUCUUCCUCCUGGCACCGCUUCAUGUCUCUUUGUUCCAGUCUCCUCUGAGCAGCCAGAAGGGCCUGAGAGAGAAGACAUGAGAAUGCAGCUGAAGCGACAUCAGCCCCCAAGCCCGACACACUGCAGCAAAUCCUCCAAGCGAGCUAAAAUCAAGGUGACCAUUGUCUCCCAUGGAGAAGCUGCAGGCACGGGGAACGGAGCAUCUCUCCUUGCACCGCCAGAAAUUGUGGCAGGAAAGCCCCCGAGCGUGACCGUAGGCCAGUCUGGCUCAGGCAUAAAGGAGCUCACGGGAUUACUUACCACCCCCAAGCUGAAUGCUGCAGUGGAAACCCCCUCGGCCAUGGUCCCUAGCAGCACAGCUCCCAGCCCCUUCCAUUCCUUGCAGAGCAGGCUGGUGGCCAGCAGUGCCCACUGCAGGCAGGCCCAGCCUAGCAGCGCGCUCCAAGGAGCAGCAUCCGCAAGCAGCCUCCUGCAGGGACUGAGCUUCAGCCUGCAGGACAUCGGCACCAAGGCCUCAGCCCUUCCAGCCAGCGUAGCAUCCGCGGGGCCGUCCAUACAGACCUCGGCGGGGAAGACACCGGCGCCUGUCCAGAGUCUCAGUGCCAUAACCACGGGCACUGGGACAAUUGUCCGCACCAUUCCAGUGGGCACGUCCUUGUCGUCUCUCAGCGCCUCGGGGAGUGGGAAGCCUACGGCAAUUCACCAGUUGUUGACCAACGGCGGGCUGGCCAAGCUGGCCAGCAGCCUUCCUGGCUUGGCUCAGAUCUCCAACCCAGCAGCAGGCUUGAAGGCUCCGACCACUAUUACAGUGACCCUGAGAGGGCAGCCUAACCGGGUCACUCCCCUGAGCCAAGCAGCCGUGGGGACGCUCCAGCCCCAGCUGGAGGAGCAGCAGCUGCAGACGCAGGCACCUCAGGCUCCAGACGGCGCAUUUGGGUACUUGAGCGCCCCGGCGCCCCCUGCCGCCUCUCCUGGCAAGCUGCUGUCUCAGCUGGAACUCAGCACAGCACAGGCGGGCACAGAGAUGGCUCCUGCUGCCCCCACCUCCCACCUGACCGCUGCAGCAACGCCGCCUGUAGGUGAGGCGCAUGGCAGUCCCGGGGCUCACGCCGCCAGGCCGUGGGUCUAUGCCGAGUGACCACCAGCAGCCCCAUGAAAAUGCUGUACGUCAUGUCUGACGCCAGGCUGUCUGCGCUCACCAAGUCUGUGAUGGCUGAGGCUGCCUGCGCCCCCCUGAAACCUGCGGGAAUCCAGGCUCCC